AUGGCUGCUGCAGAAGAGAAGGACCUUCAUGACGUUGACGAUUCGUCGGCCGAUUUACCUAAAACGCAGACCAAACCUCAAGUCGUUGUACAUCCUGAUAUGGAGGACGAGGAGUACAAGAAGGCCAUGGCCAAUGCUGUGAAGAACGUCGAGAAGGAAGAGUUGGACGAGAUUCUGAUCGAUCAGGACAUGAAGGAGCUGGACCUGACCAGAUGCCGGAUGCCCAAGAUUGAAGGAUUGGACUUUCUGAGAAGCUUGAGAUAUCUAUGCCUCAGAUGGAACUUGUUGAAGAAGAUCGAGAAUCUGCAUGCCCUGACUACUCUGGUCGACCUGGACUUGUACGAUAAUCAGGUGGGUUUGAAGCCAGGAUUUUAUCAUUUUUUGUUCGAUUUUAUAAGAAAAGAAAUUGUUAAUAGGCCAUGAAAAGUAUGACAAAAGACUAAUUGUGCUUUCAGAUUACCAAGAUUGAAGGUCUGGACACCUUGGUGAACCUGGAGACUCUGGACAUCUCUUUCAAUCGGAUCGAGAAGAUUGAAGGACUGGACAACUUGAAGAAGCUUAAGACUUUGUACUUGGUUCACAACAAGAUUUCUAAAAUUGAAGGAUUGGAAAAUGUAAGCACUUCUAAAGAUAUGUUAAUAGAGGUUAAAAACGGAACCAAAGUUUACUUCUUUUAUCGAUAUUACAGUUGACCGAACUGGAGUACCUGGAGCUUGGUGACAACAAGAUUAAGAAGAUUGAAAACUUGAAGAACAAUACCCAAUUGGAACGAUUGUUUUUGGGUGCAAACCAGAUUAGAUCUAUUGAAAAUGUUGGCCAUCUGAAGAACUUGCAAGUUUUGUCAUUGCCAGCCAAUUGCAUUACUCGAAUUGAGGUCAGUUUUUGUUAUUUUUCAGUUAAUAUCUGUCAUUUGUGUAAUUGUUGAUAAAAAAUGUAUUAGUUUAUGUUUAAAAUGUCAAAGAAUGAUUUUUAUUAGCAUUCGUAACGUUUAGGCGUUUUUAUGAAUAUUUAGCAAAAGGUUCACAAGGGCAAAAAGACUUUGAUCUCGGGCGGGCUCGAACCGCCGGCCUUCUGUGUGUUAGACAGAUGUGAUAACCACUACACCACGAGAUCGCACGGCCUCUUUCCCUUCUUUUCGGCUGUUCUUUCGGAAAAAAGCUGAAGGGACUUGGUCUCGUUUGAGUUUUCUAGAAAAUGGCUAUUAUUUUUGCUUUAUUAUGAAAAAACUUUAUUUAACUAUAUUGAAAAAGUGUUUGGCUGUUUAAUUCUAAUGUUAAUUUAUAUGUUUUAUAAGGAUUAUAUUGUUUUAGGGUGUUCGAAAGCUCCCCCAACUGAAAGAAUUGUAUUUGAGUCAAAAUGGGAUUCAGAAAAUUGAGAAUCUUCACAAGAACUUGGAGUUGAGAAUUUUGGACUUGAAUCAAAACAGACUCAACCACAUUGAGAACGUCUCUCAUCUCAAGGAAUUGACUGAUUUCUGGGCGAAACACAACCAUAUCAGCAGCUUCAGAGAAGUCGAGAGAGAAUUGGGUGGGCUACAGAAUCUGAAUCUGGUGUACCUGGAGUUCAAUCCAAUUUCAAAGGAAAACACUUACAGGUAUGUUUUAUUUGUUUUGUAUUUUAUAAAAAAAUAUUUUUUUACACAGCAAAUGGAUUUGAACUGAUUAACGCCUUUUCUUUAUUUCAGACGCAAGGUCAUCAGCGUGCUGCAGAAUCUGGAGCGUUUGGAUUCAAUGUGUUGUCGUGGAAGAGUUUGA